GCCCGUGAAGCUACGAGCAGCAGCCCUGUGAGGAAGCGCAGUGUCAUCAGAUCGCUGCUGCCUGUGUGAGCUCUUUCAAAAUGGCCAGCGAGAGAAAUCAGGGGCUGCCGCCGCCGCACACACGCACUGUUCCUCCAUUCCACACAACGGUGCUGCGACACUGCCUCUAGCAGACGAGCCGGAGCGAGUCCGGGCUGCUCCCUGCCUCCCAGCCGCCUCCAGGGGACCGAGAAACACGGCGUCCCCUACGAGACUCUGAACAAACGUUUCAGAGCAGCUCAGAAGAACAUCGACCGGGAGACCAGUCACGUGACAAUGGUGGUGGCGGAGCUGGAGAAGACCCUGAGCAGCUUCCCGGUUGUUGACUCUGUGGUGUCACUGCUGGAUGGGGUGGUGGAGAAACUCAGCGCUCUGAAAAGGAAGGCUGCAGAGUCCAUCCAGGCAGAAGACGAGAGUGCCAAGCUGUGUAAGCGUCGCAUCGAGCACUUGAAGGAGCACAGCAGCGACCAGCUGGCCUCAGUCAACCUGUGGAAGAAGAAACGCAUGGAUCGCAUGAUGGUGGAACAUCUGCUGCGCUGCGGCUACUACAACACAGCUGUUAAACUGGCCAGACAGAGCGGUAUAGAGGAUCUGGUGAACAUUGAAAUGUUCCUCACGGCUAAGGAGGUGGAGGAGUCUCUGGAGAGGCAGGAGACUGCCACCUGUCUAGCCUGGUGCCACGACAACAAGUCUCGCCUCCGUAAAAUGAAGAGCUGUCUUGAGUUUAGUUUGAGAAUCCAGGAGUUCAUCGAGCUCAUCAGACAAAACAAACGUAUGGAUGCAGUCAGACAUGCUAGGAAACACUUCAGCCAAGCAGAGGGUGGACAGUUGGAUGAGGUUCGGCAGGUGAUGGGGAUGCUGGCCUUCCCAUCAGACACACACAUCUCUCCAUACAAGGAUCUUUUGGAUCCAGCCCGCUGGAAGAUGCUGAUCCAGCAGUUCCGAUAUGACAACUACAGACUGCACCAGCUUGGAAACAACUCUGUGUUCACUAUAACCCUACAGGCUGGGCUGUCUGCCAUUAAGACACCUCAGUGCUACAAGGAGGAUGGUACCUCAAAGAACCCAGACUGCCCUGUGUGCAGUAAAUCUCUAAACAAGUUGGCCCAGCCCUUACCCAUGGCCCAUUGUGCCAACUCUAGACUAGUUUGCAAGAUCUCUGGAGAGGUCAUGAAUGAAAACAACCCUCCGAUGAUGCUUCCUAAUGGAUAUGUGUACGGCUACAAUUCCCUUCUGUCCAUCCGCCAAGAUGACAAAGUGGUGUGUCCCAGAACCAAAGAAGUCUUCAACUUCUCUCAGGCUGAGAAGGUCUACAUCAUGUGAUCACUCAGAUAAACCCCAUCUGAACGUCGACGUGAUUGAAAACGGUCAUCCAUCACCUGUGACCUGCCACUCGUGGAGCUGUGAUCUAGUGCCCUACCACCCUCCCCCACACAGACACGCAAAAUACCCUACAAACCCCUCCCCCCCAAAUUACAUGAUUGAUUCCUUUUCACCUACUCCCCCCAAUUCUAUCACACAGAAACUGGGCUCGACUCCUUUCAGACUGUUUUAGCUGUGGCUACAAGUCGUUCGAUCUGAUUCAUUCAAGCACAUGGACUAUUAACAUCGUCAUUAUCUUACAAGCCCUCACUCUCAAGAUUAAAGACGAGAGAAAGGACUGAGGGGUUGAAAACGACUAGAUAGAUGUUUGAUUUUACUACAACAAAUAAAAUCUUGUUGAGGUUACUUUGCCUUUUUUCCUUUUACUAGUCGUGUUCAUUUGUUACUUAAAUAACGUGGCAGGACUGUGUUGACUCACAACAUUAAGCAGACUAACACGAGAGUUGGGCUUUUCUUUUAAAGACAAACAUGGCUGCCUGGUCUCAUAGUAGCAUCUUAUUAUGUGAUGCAUGCUGUUGUCUUUUAGCCGUGUGCUGUUUGAUGGAUUGUUGAGGGCAUAUAUUAAUUGCCUCCUUAAAACUGCCUACUAACCUUUUUGCAUUUCACCCACCUUGGCUGUGAAACUGGAGUCUGAUUGGGCUGCUCCUUUUCAAAUGUAAAUAUUAGAUAGAAACUGGUCGUCCUCAUGUGUAAAUUCUGGAGUGUUUUCUGGGGACAAGUGAUGAUGACGAAGAUUAACCUCCUGCAAAGAUUGUUGUGCGACCUGAACAAGUCUUUUUUCUUGGCUGUUGACCUGACAUGAACUGCAGUAUCCUCAAGUUAACUGGUUGUCCAGUGUGACGCACCGAUGCCGAGGAAGCUGUUGCAUCAACUGUGGUGAAUUUACCACCUUAAUGAAAAUUACACUAUAUUCAAACAAGAUAACCAACUUUGUUUGGAUAAACAAAAUUGUCUUCCUUUUUGCGUUUUUCAAUUUCAGCUCAACUCAGCUUCAUUUUCUUCAGCUAAAAGACUGGAAAUUUACAUAAAACUAACUUAAGUAAAUUUGACUCUACUUGAUUUUUUAAUUUCACAUAUUUUAAAUUCUAUUACUAUAUUUUCCAACAAUGAAAAAGAUAACAAAGGACUGUGCAGAUAGUUUUUGCGUCUGCAUGUGUUAAAGCUGCUUGUGGUACCAACACUACAGGGUCUACUCGGCCAAAUUCAUCAGUAGUUUCUUUCUGUCGCGCACAAUCUUUUCUUUAUGUUGAACCAUCCUGCUUUUCUUGCAGUUCGAGAAGUAAAACUUUGCUUUGAGUAUUGUAAAAACAUUACCUGACCUUUGACUUUUUCUAGACGAUGGACUGCAAAUGGGAACAGCACAUGAUGUACACAAACCUGGAAUGUGGAUUAGUAGGACAUUAAAGUUGACUUCAGUGUCAGCUAACGCACAACUAACUCUUACAUGGUAAAAAUGUAACAACACCCAUUCAAAACAAUCCAAAAAUGCAGUUUUAUGUUGAACAUGGUCGGUCUUGUGGUAAGUAAUUUCUUCCAUUUGUUGUUUAUUGACAAACCAAAAGAUGCCUCAUUUGUGUCCCAUUAAUGGUUUGGAACUGUAUCUGUAAAGCCACAGACUGUCCUGUGUGUUUGUGUUGGUAGAAUAGAUAAAGGGAUUGUUUCAUAGCAAUAUGCCUCAUAAAGAUUUCAGUGAACUUUGA